CCUGGGUGGGGCUCGUCCAAAGGGCUGACGCUGGCGGGGAAUGGGGGCGGUUCUAAGGAAAGGCGGUACAGACCUAACCUCCCUGCAGCCUCCUGCUUGUAGUCCAAAGCGGGGGAGGAGGGCAUUCCUUCGGCUAGGUUGGAGAGGUCCCACCCUCAAUCAGGUGUUCCUAUACCAACUGCAGAACUGUCGGGGUUCUAGUCUCAGGAGUUUCUUUUGAGGCUCCAAAAGAGCCAGUCUAGAUCUUAUGGCAGCACCGGUCCGCUUGGGCCGGAAGCGCCCACUGCCGGUUUGCCCCAACCCACUCUUCGUUCGUUGGCUGACCGAGUGGCGGGACGAGGCAGCCAGCAGAGGGCGCCACACGCGCUUUGUGUUUCAAAAGGCACUGCGCUCCCUCCGACGGUACCCCUUACCUCUGCGCAGCGGGAAGGAAGCCAAGAUCCUUCAGCACUUCGGAGACAGGCUCUGCCGGAUGCUGGACGAGCGGCUGAAGCAGCACCUAGCUUCAGGCGGUGACCAUGCCCCCAGCCUACCGUCUGGAGAGAAGAAUCAAGCCAGUGAAGAGCCACCUGCUCAAGUCCAGGACUCCUCAACGCCAGUUCCCACCCAGCCUCAAGCAGGAAGCACUGGUGGCUAUUGGCCAGCACAGAACUCAGGUGCCCGUGUGGUCCUGCUGCAGCUCUACAGGGAACACCUGAAUCCUGAUGGCCACAGCUUCCUUACCAAGGAGGAGCUGCUGCAGAAAUGUGCCCAGAAGGCCCCCAGGGUAGUUCCUGGAAGUUCGAGACCCUGGCCUGCCCUCCGAGGCCUCCUCCACAGGAACCUGGUCCUCAGAACACAUCGGCCAUCCAGGUACGCACUGACACCAGAGGGCCUGGAGCUGGCCCAAAAGCUGGCCCAGGCAGAAGGCCUGAGCCCUCUGAACAUUGGCAUCAGGCCAGAGGAGCCCUGUGGAGAGGAGUCAGCAGCCCCAGAAGCCACCAUGUUGGAACCUGGCACCAGUGAAGGUGGCAUCCAGCAGCCACCCCUGGAGCUGAGGCCCGGUGAGUACCGAGUGCUGCUGUGUGUGGACACUGGAGAGACCAGAGGGGCAGGGCACAGGCCAGAAAUGCUCCGAGAGUUACAGCGGCUGCGUGUGCCCCACACAGUACGGAAGCUGCACGUUGGGGACUUUGUGUGGGUAGCACAGGAGACCAGGCCCGGAGACCCAGCAAGACCUGGGGAGUUAGUCUUGGACCACAUUGUGGAACGCAAGCGGCUGGAUGACCUGUGCAGCAGCAUCAUUGAUGGCCGUUUUCGAGAGCAGAAGUUCCGCCUGAAGCGCUGUGGCCUGGGACACCGGGUAUACUUGGUGGAGGAACAUGGGUCUGUCCACAACCUCAGCCUUCCUGAGAGUACCUUGCUGCAGGCUGUCACAAACACCCAGGUCAUCGAUGGCUUCUUUGUGAAGCGUACCAUGGAUAUUAAGGAGUCAGCUGGCUACCUGGCCCUUUUGACAAAGGGCCUAGAAAGACUUUAUCAGGGCCACACCCUACGCAGCCGCCCCUGGGGAACCCCAGGGGAUGCUGAAUCGGGAACAAGACCUUCCACAAAUCCUCUCUGCUCACUCCUCACCUUCAGUGACUUCAAUGCAGAAGCCGUCAAGAACAAGGCCCAGUCUGUGCGAGAAGUAUUUGCCCGGCAGCUGAUGCAGGUGCGUGGACUGAGCGGGGAGAAGGCAGCGGCCCUGGUGGAUCGGUACAGCACACCUGCCAGUCUCCUGGCUGCCUAUGAUGCCUGUGCCACCCCGAAGGAGCAGGAGAUGCUGUUGAGCACUGUCAAGUGUGGGCGUCUGCAGAGAAAUCUGGGGCCCGCUCUGAGCAGAACCCUGUUCCAACUGUACUGCAGCCCCAGCCCCCUGCCCUGAGCCACCCCUGAAGACACACCCCAGCACCCAUGUCUGUCUCCAUGCAGGCUAGUCAGCCUUUUAACUGGGAUCCUUUGGGCUGGAAUAAAAAUCUAAACGUU